AUGCCUAUGGUACGCGUCCAGAUGCAACCCAUAGAUGCCGUGGGCUUCACGUUAACAAAAAGCUACGUAGACCAGCUAACCCACAACCCACUUCGAAUGGCUGUCUCCUUUUGCCGUGCAAUUCGCCACGAACGUUAUCCCGCAGGCCAAAGCCAACAGGGCCAGCAGCAGCAGCCAGGUGCAGGGCCACCCCAGGACCCUGAGUCAGAUAGCACGCAGCAGGCAGCAGUUGCCAAUCUGUCGGACAAAGAUCCAUUGCAGGUCGCCGUGGUGUCCUAUGAACGGAGCUACACGCACCGAGCCGACUCGCCUGCCGUGGCGGCCAGCGUGCUGCUUACCUUUGACGUGAGCCGCAUCAGCGGCGCUCCAAUGCCACUUCCGGAGCGCCUGACGGCAUUGCGUGAGGGGCGCUUCGCGCGCGAGGAGUUGGGCCUUUUCCGCGAGCUCCAGUGCGUGCUGUCGGAGCACUCUCUCAACAAAAUGGAACAGCGCAUCACGAAAGGCGCACCGCUGGAGAAGGCAUUGCUGGCCCAGAUGGACAGCGGUGACGCCGCAGCCGCGGAGCAGCAGGUGGCCAUCAUGGAGCGUCGGAGGCAGCAGCAGCAGCUGCAGCAGCAACAACAGCAACUAAUAACCGUCGGUAACCUGCCAACGGUGACGGAGGAGCCGGAGGGCCAGCAGGGCGAGGGCGGCACACAGGAGCAGCGAUCAGAGGUGCUCAAGCUGCCACCGCCGCAGCCAACCGCCCAAGCACAGCUGCAGCCGGGGCAGCCCGCUGAGGCAUCCUUGCAGGCCGCAGGAACCGACGCCGAAGGUUCUGGAGCUGAGCAGCAGCAGCCCAUGCAACAGGAAUUACAGCCUGUCGAUCCGAACCCCGUUGCCGGGUUUGACCCGCGCAUAGUCCCGCCGCAUGCGACAAUCAUGGAUCCCAUGUACGCCUUCCAAUGGCUUGACGAGAAUGGCCUGAUGGUGUAUGUGCCCGACCCUCUCAAGCGGCCCGGUCGUGAGCGGCCCGCGCGGCGUUACGACCAGGACAAAGAGAUUAUCCGCACAUACGUACGGCGGCCAGUGAAGGCCGCCUCGCUGCGGGGCGAGUCCCGGCUGUACCGACUUGACAUUGAGCUGGGUCGACUGGAGUUCCUGGUGCACCCCGCCAUGGCACAAGAGGACCUGUUGGUAGGGUCUAGGGAGGUCUCCUGGGGUCCUGGGCGAUCAUGGCGUUGGGACUGGGGCGGCGCAUGGGGGUUAUGGCAGGGGUCCAAACGACAACAAGAACGUGUCCCCGUGUCUCGUGAACAGGCCGCCCGGCUGCUGGCGAUGUUCCGCGACUUCAAGCGCCGUGAGGCGGUGGGCCUGGUCAUGUUCUAUGCCAACAAGCUGGCAGCGCUGGAGGACUCGAUGCUGGGCGCCCGGGAGAAGCUGUUCACGCUGCAGGCAACGGAGGCACAAAGCGAUGAGGUCCUGGACGCGUACGCUAUGCUCACGAAGAUUGAGCGCGAGGUGGCCGAGAUGCGGCAGCUGAAGGAGGAAGAGGAGGCGCUGCUCACCCGAACAGUGCGAUCGAUAGAACAGCUCUAUGGCCAGAUCCAGGGGCUGCGGCGCCAGCAGGGCUUCGCCCUCACCAACCUGGAGCUCACGGUGCAAACCAAGCCGCCGCAGGAGCUAGCAUGGCAGCAGGUAACGUGUCGCACGAGGGCGGGCGGGGGCGAACUGACGCGGGAGCGCCUGGACGUGCUGCUUGUUGCGGCUGAGAUGGAGGAGAUCGCGGGGCUGCCCAAGUUUCCGGAGCCACUGCCCGUGCCGGACAUGGCCGAUUUCCCGCUGCCCCAAGUCAACCCGGGCCCCAAGAUUGGCGCAGCCGGACAAGGGAUAGCGCCUCUUGGAUCGGGCAUGGGCAUGGGCGGAUAUUCGGGGCUUAUGGACCCACUGGCUGCCGCGACGGCGACAGCACAGAAGCCGUUUGUGUUCCGGAUCCGGCGCUGUGAGAGCACGUGUGCGGCGCACGCGGCUGCCCUGGCGGACGUCAUUGCGCGUCUGGAGUCACUGAAGAACCGGCCCUCGGCAGACCCCGAGGACGCCGACCUGAAGGCGGUGGAAGAGCAGGCGGCGCUGGUGGGUCGUGCGCCUCGGCGUGUGUCCAUGACCAGCGAGGAGCAGCUGGAGCUGCAGAUUAAGGCGGCGGAGAUGGUGAAGAAAGGCCAGAUCUUCGUGAGCCGGAUGCCUCAGCUGUCACCCAUCUUGACCAUCAGCCAAAGGGACCCACAGCAGCAAAUGCCGAUGGUCAUGUCGGCGCAGCCAGGGCAGGAGCAGUAUCAGCAGCCUGGCGGAGGGCCCUUCCCAGUGGCGCCAUUUCAGCCCCCGCCACCACAGCUGCCGCCCAAGCCGAACCUGAAGCAGGGCAGCAAGGGCAGGUAUUACGUGAAGCUGUUCGUCAACGACUAUUACGUGGACUCAUCCGAGGUUGCUUCGCUGGGCGACAACUUCGCGGGCGACUUUAAAGACACCUUCACCAUCCAGGUGUCCCGUUUCCCUGAGUCCAUCAGCGCCAUGCUGUUCGAGCGCCACACGCUGCGGGACAGCUACAUCGGGCAGGUGUACAUCGCCAUCCCGGGCCUAGCGGGGAGCGCCCAUGUGGACGCGCAGGCGCGACCCUACCAGUUCACGGCACUGACGCCGUUGCGGCCGCGACUGCCAACACAGGGCCCCGGCCCUGUGCCACUCAUGCCCGACACCCAAUUCCAAGACUCCUCUUACAACUUCAAUACCAUCUUCCCAGCCGGCGUCAUGUACGUGCGGUGCGGCUGGGUUUCGGAUCGUACCCCACCCGGCAGCCGCCUGGCUGACACGGUACAGCCCAACGCCGUCAUCACGUACGACAACCCGCUGGCUGAGCGGACCGCCGCCAACAGCCCGCUGCGGGGCCAGCCGGCAGCAGCGACCUGGAACGACAUCGAGGCGGGCAAGAGCCUGAUGCCACCACGCGCGUCGGUGCCUAUCGACCGUAUGCUGCGCCGAGCGGCGGAGCGGAUAGGCGGCAAGGCCAACCGCGCGCAGAUCAUGCGCUGGUUGAAUGAGCACGUGAUUGACCCCAACGACCCGCGCAAUGCGCCUCUCCUGGAGCUGCUAAAGACACACGAGGCCAACGCCAGCGCCCUGGGCGACCUGUUCCGAUUGGACAUAUUCCCGGACGUGGCAAUGAGGGAGGACCGCGCGGCUGCCAGGCGCAUGAACGUGCUCCAGCGGCGCUGGCUGGCGGGCAUCUACCGCGCCCCGGACAGGAGCCUGCUUAAAGGCGUUCGUUCGGUGGCCAUUCCCGCACCGUUGACCGCUGCCGAGACGGACAAGCUGGAAAACCAAUACCUGGAUCAGUUGGCGCUGCUGGAGCAAGCCAGCGAGGGCACACAGCUGGCACUGGCCCGUGUCAUGAUGGCGCGACAUGAGAAGGCCAUGCAGCUCCAGAUUGGUGCAUUGCUGAGCAACGCCAUUAAGGAGCGCGAGGAGCGCAUCCGUGCCUUUGCGUUGCGUGUACGCACCGCCGCUGCCCGUGUGGCCGGCGGUCUGCUGAUGGCUCGGCGCUUUCGCACCGAAGACGUGGUCAACGAUAUGCCGUUGCCACAAUUCAAGUUGGAACUAGGUGUCAUCACGCAGCUGCUGGCGCCACGGAGACCGCUAAAGCGCUCCAGGAAGCUGGUCAAGUCGAUCAUGACGUCGGUGCCCCGGGAGACGCAGCUCAUGGUGACUGUCCAGCGAGCCGCAAACCUACCCGCCAGGAUGGUCAAUGAAGGAACUGGCAGCGGUGGGGCCGGAUACGGGGCCGCUGGCGGUGGUGGGGGCCGCGGCCGCACUCCGCGGCGGCAGGGCCGCUUCGGCGGCGGCGGCGGCGGCGGCGGUUACGAUGACGCCGACGGACAGACGGAGGAGGGCUUCUUGAGCGCUACCGACCGAGAGACGCAGCAGCGCAACUGCUUCGUUGAGGUUCGAUUCCGAUCGUUGGUUCGGCGGACGGAGGCAGUGCCCGGGGAGUUUCCCCUUUUUAACGAACAGAUUGACCUGGAUGUCUUCCGAGACGAUGGCAGCGACCAGCAGCAGAAGGGUGCCGAGGAGGGCUCGGGGCUGGAGCCCAGCCCCAGCGCACUGCAGGCCAACAACGACCUCAUCACCCUCAACGUCUUCGACGAGUUGAUCGUAGAUCCCUCUGAAGCGGCGACUACGCGGCGACGUAGGCCAGGGGAUGAGGAGCUGGGUGACCCCGUGCGUCUGCCCGAGCGCGAGAGGCGCUUCCUAGGCUGCGUCCGGGUGCCACUGUCCGCCGUUUACCAGCUGCAGGUGCUGGAGGGGACAUUCAAGCUGGAAGCACCGCCCGUGGUGCUCGGGUACGUGCAGACGAGCGACCGGCCGGCCACGUUGACGCUGCACAUGACCAUGCGCCCGCGCUUGGCUGCCCCUGCCGGCGAGCUGGAUGAGCGGGUCACCAGCUCAGAGCAGGCGCAGGUCAACCGGCAUGCGCAAAAGUGGCUGGCAGCGUUGCUGGCAAGACCCGAGUGCCGAUCGCGGAUCCUGAAGGUCAUGGCGGUGGACGCGGACGGCGCGGCCGUCCUGGUGUGCCGCUACAUCGCACCGAUGCCGCUGCCACCGCCGCUGGCUCAGUUGGUGGCAGCGGGCGGCGACGCGGCGGCGGCGGGCGGUGUGGAGGCUCUGAUGCUCAAGGUGGCCCGGUUCGUGGCACACUUGCCGUACAUGGAGGACGUGGGGAUCCAGAAGCAACGCAACGAUAUCUGGACCACCAAUGCGGAGUUCCUGCACCUGACUGGGGGGGAUUUCGAGGAGCACGCGCAUCUGCUGGCGGGCUACUUCCUGCAGCUGGGAUUGCAGUGUUUCGUGGUUAUGGGCACCGCCAUCUGCGGUGCACGCAGCCACUAUGUGCUGACCACCGGCCAGCCCGCCGCCAGCUCCUCGCUGCCGCAGCAGCAGCCGCCCGCGCUGGAUCUGAACCUAGCGCUGCUGCGGUUAUGGAAUCCCGUGACCGGCACCGUGAUGGCGGUGAAGGACCCCACGGGGGAGCUGCGCGAGGUGGGUCAGCUGUACGACGGAACCAACAUCUGGGCGAAUUCACAGUCCACGGGGCGGCCUUGGGAGAUGCGAUGGAACCUGGGAGCCGCCAAGGAUUGGCACCCGUUCUUUGGAGUGGCACUUCCAUCCAGGGAAAUCGCCAGCCUGCAGACCACUCCGCUGUAUGAGGAGCUGGACAGCCGGUUUUAUGAGGAGCUGGAGAGCCGGGUGGAGAAGCGGGUGGAGGAGGCGCUCAGCAAAGCGCGGUCUAUCUUUGUUACAAAACCCGACAAUAAGGUGUCCCGGCUGCUUAAGAGCCUCCUCAAGGAGAUGCGCGAGGUUCAUGAAAAGAUCGCUGCAGCCUCCCUGAAGGCCAGUUCAGAGCUGGCGGAGACGGGUGGCAAAGGCCCUACAGGUGUGCCCGCCUACCUGGGCGAGCGGCACAAGCUCAUACAGGGCCUGCAGGCUAGCCACAACGAGCGCAUCCGGCGGGAGUCCCGAGCUGAGGCGGUACACGGCCACAUCCUGGCCAUGUCCUUCAGCGACCGCUACCUGGAGGCCGUCAGCGAGGCGGUCACAAACACAGGUAUUCACCGCAUCGCCGACGAGCGGGUGAAGUUCUCCACAGCCGUCUACGUGGAGCCCCUAGGGGCGGCUUUCGGGAUGUGCGCCAGGCGUGCAUUCGCCUAUGCGUUAUUCGCUAAGCGCCGCUUGGACUUGAACUUCCGCAAUUAUUCCGCACACAUCCACCUACCGGCAAUUAACCCCAAAACCGGCACCUCACGGCAAAGGCGGCAUGCUUCCGCGGGCUGGGAUUCCGACCCGAAAGGGUUACGUGACGCGACGGCCACGGUACAAGACCAGGACCGGCCCAAAACGGGCCUACCUGAGCUACAAUGCAGGCAGGAGAAGGAGAGAUACCCGGACUGA